GGUCUCCUGCUUGAGCAGGGGGUUGGACUAGAAGACCUCCAAGGUCCCUUCCAGCUCUAUUCUGAUUGAUCUAUUGAAAAGUUUGAAAAUGUUUGUUGGUCUACCACAGAAAAGGAUGGGUCAAACUAUCCUCCAAAGCAAAUUGGUAGUAGAUAAGAGUGAACAUAAUUUAAAGGUGGACUGGACUCUUGGGGUCGCGAAGAUGACUCAAGACCGAUGACAUGUUUGACUCCUCCCUCCCUCCCUCCCUCAGUCUCAGUCCAGUCGUCUCCUCCAUCAACCUCGCCAAAUCAAUUUUUUGGGAGGUGCUAAAGACCCACCCCCUUCCCAGGGUUUGUUGACCAAUGGAUAUUUCGCUAAGGUGCGCAUGUUUUCAUCCUUGUUCUGCCCACAUCUUCAAUUCGGUGGGAAACACGGCGAGCAUCCAAUUCCGUUGGGGGAACCUCUAGCCGCGUGCUGACCCCUUUUUCAUCCCGGCGUGUCUCCGGACAUCCCAUCUUUCGGCCUUCUCCCACCAUUAGCCACUUUGCGGAUGAUGAAAAAUCCCCGGGGGAAGAAUCCAGAACCGGAAUUUUCAGAGCGGUUUGAAAUGAAACGGACUUUCCUGGUCUUUUGAAUGCCUACACGCGUGCAUUCCGACCGGAUCCCUAAGGUUCGCUGGCGGUUCUCCGGCCAAAGGAUGAGAGGUUGGCGGGAAACAGGGACCCCUCCUCGAUCAAAAUGCAGAAGUUUUUCCUGCCUUCUUCCUCUCUCCUCUUCAUCGUCCUCUCCACCCUGCAGGGUAAAAAACUGAUCAACGAUCCAUAUAAAGCUGAAUGUGUCCGCCGGGAAAUGUCGUGCCACCCAAAAGCGAUUUGCCAACUGGACAAAGUUUCUUCGGACUUUUAUUGCCGUUGUUUGCCAGGCUACACCGGAGAUGGGAUCAAUCUUUGCCAAGCCCCCGCUUUCCACGUCACCGUUUCUGAUGCUUCCGUUUGUGACGAGAUGGGCGAGCACGUGUGUCUCCUCUAUGUGAAAGAGCCACCCGUCACUCUCCACGUCUCCGUCUCGGCUUCCGCCAACCGACGCCCGCCCAGCGUGAUCUGGUACAAGUUUUACACCGGACAAAGCCCGCAGUUCCACAGCUACCGACGGCGGUUGGGAUCCGUGGGAAACCCGACUCGGAGGAUAAGGGUGGGCAGCCGAGGCCGUAUCCUGACCCUCCUAUCGAUACAAGACGACGAUUUUUACCCCAACCUCUUCUGGGCGGAAGUGAGGCUCCAUGCCCUGAUCUCCAGAAACCUAGGAGCUGAAGCUUACGAUGUAACCCCCUUCCAAUUGUUAAACCCAUCGGGACUGAGAUUCUAUUUCGCCUUGGAGGGAGCGCCAAUCGAAGUUGGACCCUUUCUGGAAGGAGAUACAGCCGUCCUCCGGUUGCCCGAGUCCCUUCACCUCUCACCUUCCAGCUUCGUUCAGUGGAUCAAGGAACCACGCCCACUGACCUUGUUGGACAACCAAGCCAUGGUCAUCGCCGAGGACGCGGAAAAGAUGGAGAUCAGCGGUUUAACGGAGGCCAGUUUUGGCUACAUCCGAGCUCUGGUUUACGAUUUCCACUCGGAGGUUCCUGGACGUGUUUUGGUGGCCGAGAGACUCUUCUUAAUAAAGAAAGACGUCAGCAAAACCUGCGAGGGACGCUCAGAAGACAGGAGUUGCCGUUGCAACCCGGGGUUCGAAGGAAGGGGUGUGCAUUGUGUCGACAUCAAUGAGUGUGAGAGGGAAACAACCCAGAGUUGCUUGGCUGAGGCCACCUGCACCAACACCUACGGCUCGUAUUUCUGCCGCUGCCCCCGGGGCUCAGAAGGAGACGGCCUACUCCGCUGCAUAGACAUCGACGAAUGUACGAGAGGCACCCACAACUGCAACCAAGACGCGCUGUGUUUGAACACCCUGGGCUCCUAUGUUUGCGCCUGCCAGAGCGGCUUCGUGGGUGACGGCUCACGCUGUAUAGCCAAGAGCACCUGGUCGCCGUGGUCGCCGUGGUCGCCCUGCUCCGUCUCUUGCGGCCUCCAAAACCAGUUGCGCAUCCGCGAAUGCACCCACGAGGAGAGCGGGAUGCGCUGCUUGGGCCCUUCGGCUGAACUCAGGGGCUGCCCCAACCUGCGGCCUUGUCCCAUGGACGGCGCCUGGUCGGUGUGGUCCCCUUGGUCGGUGUGCCCGGAGACGUGUUCGGGGAUCAAGAAACGGGUCCGGCUAUGCGACAGUCCUCCCCCUUCCAGAGGAGGUCUCUCUUGCAAAGGGGAGAAGGAGCAACUUGGAUUAUGCCCCUCGAGCCACUGUGCCGUGGACGGAGCGUGGUCUCCGUGGGCCUCGUGGACGCCCUGCCCGGUCUCCUGUGGAUUAGGAGUGGUACGGCGGUCACGGCGGUGCAACAGCCCUUCCCCGAAACACGGAGGAAGGAACUGCAGCGGUCACGGCUACGAAGAAGGCAGCUGCGGGUUUCCGGAGGCCCUCUGCCGAUUCCUAGCCAAGCCUUCUGACUCCAUCGUACCUGGGAAACUGAUUCAAUAACAAUACCAGACUCCCAAAAGUGAGUAUUUGCCGAUCCAUCCGGAAAACCCCAAAAUAAUGUCUGAACCCUUGCAGGAAUCCCAAGUGGCCUGGAAGAACCACCUGGAAAGAUUCUCAAAGAUUCCAAAUAAAGGAUAGAUUUGCAACAAACCCGGGCGCAAAGAAUAUUUUGAAAGACCCUUCUUUUAAAAAAAAUUUAAAUUUGUUAAUAAUCGGCUCCCGGCAGGAGAGGGGCAUUGCACGAGAUAUCAUGAGUAGCUGAUGCGAUUUUUGCCAAGGUGACGGCGCUUUGGAACGACGAGAGGUAUAUCCAGCAGGAUGGGACUCGUAGUCGUCGGGGCAACUAUCAGAGGCUGAGAAAAGGAUGGUGGAAAGUACCUGCCCCCCCAAAAAAAAACUAGGAGCAGCAAAAGCUUAAUUGAUGAAGACUGUGAUUAAAAUACGAUGGCUGUUGGACCAACGCCUCCUUCCUUUUUGGUGAGUGGCUGUUUUAAAAAAAAUAAUAAUUUGCCUGCCUUGGUUUUUGAGUUUGAACCUUUUCCAAGGGAAAAGUCAUUCAGUUCUCCUGCAUGUAGAAAGCUAGCGUUUCAGGAUGUACUUUACCACCUUGAUAUCUUUUUUUUAUUUUUUUUUUAAAGUAUGUCUGGAUGAAGUAAUUCUUCAAAACACUCCUAGGCUCGGUUGAUUUAAAAGUUUUCUUUUUUAGAAAAAAAAUGAAAUAAAUGUUUCUCACAGUUUUGUUUCUGGA